GUCAAUCCUAACCCAACUUUACGUGUUUAGCAAUUUUUUUUAUUUACAAUUUUAUUCUUACGUGUUAUUAAUUAAAAAAUUGCUUUUUGUGAUUUUUCUUGAAUGAAAUAUGUAUUGAAGAAGUUGCACGUGUAAUAGGGACACCUCGUAAAAUUGACCAAAAAUGACCCAAAGCAAAGAAAAAUUCAUAAUAUAUGCAGCAGGAAUUUUUGUUAUUUAUUUCUACUAUGGAAUUCUGCAAGAGAAGGUGACCAGGGGCAAAUACCUUAUAGAAACAGUAGAUCCCGAGGGAAAGAAAAACACUGAAACUCAUGUAUUCACUUUUGCCUUAACAUUAGUUGGUGUGCAAUGCAUUAUCAAUUAUUUUAUAGCAAAAGGUGCAAUGUUAGUUUGGAAACAAAAAGAAGACACAACAGCAAAACUGUACUAUGUUAGUGUUUCAGUGACAUAUUUGCUUGCCAUGGUUGCUUCCAAUAUGGCAUUGCAAUGGGUUUCAUAUCCUACCCAAGUUGUAGGUAAAUCGGCCAAACCAGUACCAGUACUAAUCUUGGGAGUAUUAUUAGGCAAAAAGAGUUACCCCCUUAGAAAAUAUUUAUUUGUAUUUAUUAUAGUAACAGGAGUGGUUCUUUUUAUGCUAACAGAUAAACCUGGAAAAGCAACUGGAAUGGAUGAAGUGGGGUUUGGGGUAGGAGAACUCCUCUUGUUCAUGUCUCUUAUUAUGGAUGGUCUAAUUGGAGCUAUACAGGAAAGAAUCAGGGCUGAAUCAAAACCAACAGGACUUCAAAUGAUGGCCCAACAAAACGGCUGGUCAAGCUUAUUUCUUAUUAUCACUGUUGUGAUUUCAGGAGAAGGUGCAAACUUCUUGGCUUUUGCUAAGCUGUUUCCUCAAGUAUAUUUUAAUUUGCUCUCUCUAGGACUUGCGUCAGCCAUUGGACAGCUCUUCCUUUUCUCCAUGGUCUCAGAAUUUGGACCUUUACCAUUGUCAAUUGUGACAACUACUAGAAAGUUUUUUACUGUUUUAGGAUCUGUUAUAUUGUUUGGUAAUGUUUUAACCAUUAGACAGUGGCUGGGGGCUGCUAUGGUUUUCACAGGCCUGUUUUUGGAUGCAUAUUAUGCAAAGGCACCCCACAAAAAGAAUACUGCUAAAUAAGAAUGUGCUUGUAGAACAGUUUUAUUUAAUAAAAUCAAUGUUUAAAAACUUA